ACGCACGGACGCGACAGCCGGGGGGUGGGAGGGGGGCCGUGGUGAAGCACUCCAGCCGGUAUACAAUAUACUUUUCUCCCACAAGAUGAGUAACAGUCACCCACUCCGUCCUUACACAGCAGUAGGGGAAAUUGACCAUGUUCACAUUCUGUCUGAUCAUGUUGGUGUUCUGAUGAAUGGGGAGGAGUACAGUGAUGUUACCUUCAUAGUUGAAAAGAAACGUUUUCCUGCACACAGAGUGAUUCUGGCAGCGAGGUGUCCAUAUUUCAGAGCACUGCUAUAUGGUGGAAUGCGUGAAUCUCAGCCUGAAGCAGAAAUUCCUCUCCAAGACACCACUGCAGAAGCCUUCAGAAUGUUAUUAAAAUAUAUUUACACGGGUCGUGCCACAUUAAGAGAUGAAAAGGAGGAGGUCCUCUUAGACUUCUUGAGUUUGGCUAAUAAAUAUGGAUUCCCAGAACUGGAAGAUUCCACCUCUGAGUAUCUUUGCACCAUCCUUAACAUUCAGAAUGUUUGCAUGACCUAUGACGUUGCAAGUCUAUACUUGCUCCCCAAACUGACCUGUAUGUGCUGUAUGUUUAUGGACAGAAAUGCUCAAGAGAUGCUUGCUAGCGAAGGCUUCCUGUCACUUUCUAAGGCUGCCCUUCUCAGUAUUGUAGUGAGAGAUUCAUUUGCAGCUCCUGAAAAGGAUAUUUUCCAAGCCUUGGUGAACUGGUGUAAACACAAUCCUAAGGAAAAUCAUGCUGAAAUAAUGCAGGCAGUACGCUUGCCACUGAUGAGCUUGAUGGAGCUUCUAAAUGUUGUCAGGCCUUCUGGAUUGCUCUCACCUGAUGCGAUUUUGGAUGCCAUUAAAGUUCGAUCAGAAAGUCGGGACAUGGACCUCAACUAUAGGGGCAUGUUAAUACCUGAUGAGAACAUUGCCACAAUGAAAUAUGGAGCUCAAGUGGUUAAAGGUGAACUGAAAUCUGCUUUGUUAGAUGGAGACACGCAAAACUAUGAUUUGGAUCAUGGGUUCUCUCGACAUCCAAUUGAUGAUGACUGCCGUUCUGGUAUUGAAAUUAAAUUGGGUCAACCAUCGAUAAUUAACCACAUACGAAUACUGCUUUGGGACCGCGAUAGCAGAUCUUAUUCCUAUUAUAUCGAAGUGUCCAUGGAUGAGCUGGACUGGAUUCGUGUAAUUGAUCAUUCCAAAUAUCUUUGUCGGUCAUGGCAAAAACUGUACUUUCCAGCCCGGGUUUGCAGAUAUAUCAGAAUCGUUGGAACACACAACACAGUGAACAAAGUUUUCCAUAUUGUGGCUUUUGAGUGCAUGUUUACCAACAAAACCUUUACUCUUGAGAAAGGUCUCAUAGUUCCCACAGAGAACGUUGCAACAGUUGCAGACUGUGCCAGUGUGAUUGAGGGUGUAAGCCGAAGUCGCAAUGCCUUGCUGAAUGGAGACACAAAAAAUUAUGAUUGGGAUUCUGGUUAUACAUGCCAUCAGCUAGGCAGCGGUGCAAUUGUAGUACAGCUGGCACAACCUUACAUGAUUGGAUCAAUUCGGUUACUUCUCUGGGACUGUGAUGACAGAAGCUACAGCUACUACAUUGAAGUUUCUACUAACCAGCAGCAGUGGACAAUGGUGGCUGACAGAACAAAGGUUUCCUGCAAAUCUUGGCAAGUUAUAAGUUUUGACAGACAACCAGCAUCUUUUAUCAGAAUCGUUGGAACUCACAACACAGCUAAUGAGGUGUUUCACUGUGUUCAUUUUGAAUGUCCAGCCCAAACUGCUGCCCACAAGGAAGAAGCUGGUGAAGAUGAUGUGGGCACAGGUGGACAGCCACUGGCAUCCCGUCCCUCUCGAGCUUCAAGCACCAGUUCUGUGCACUCCCUUCCAGGAGCCACCUCACACUCCUUGGCUUACCAACUAUAAAAUAGUGAAGAGCAUUUGCAACCCCAGUGCCAUGAUAAAAUUGUUCACCAUCUUCCUGUCGGAGCACCUUAGCUCUCUGAAUGGACAUAGGGGACUAUGCCUGGCAGCUGCAGAUAUUCAAAUGUAAAUGUAACUAAGGCAGAGGGGUGGGGAGCAAAGCCAAACUGUAAUACUGAUAUGCCAUAUGAACAGUAGGUGCUUGUAAAACACAUUUGCUAGGAAAUAGUCUUUCCUCAGAGGGUGUACGGAAAACAUGUUGACAGAAUUUUUGUUUUUUAAUUAUUUAAUUUAUUCUUUAUCCAUUUUUGUACAGUUCAAACCAUUUUCAUCUUGUGUGUUCAUUUGUUUGCCCCCCCCCCCUGGCCCAGCCGCAGUUUUUGUUUAAACAUUUCUUUGCUUAUCAUGCUGCAUCAAGUAGAUCUACUUGAUAAGAGGCAAGUAUGCAAUAAUCACUCCAUUAGCUGGUUUAGAUAAGGAAAACCCCUUAAGGAGAUUGUGCACAAAACAAGUGAAUGCAGGGAUGCGAAACUGUAAUUCCGACUGCUUUACAUGAUUUACAGAUCUGUCACUUUUAUACCAAUGUGUUAAACUAGCCAACAAAUGUUGGAAGUGAUUAAAUCAUCAUUUAAUUGUAUAACAAUAA